CGACUUAGAAAGUGGCCAGCAGGACUGAGUUACUAGAAGUGAUACCUGUCCCUUUCUGAGCACACUCCACUCCCAGCCCUGGCUUACUGGAAUGAGGAUGCUAUUUUUAAGAAAGAGCAUUGUGUUUCAUCGUGGAAAUUUUGAGCAUCUGAGCAGGCAGCUUGCUGGCUGGCUCAGCUUUAGGGUCCUGAAGCACAAGGACUGUAUGGGUUCAGCUCUGGACUCCAGCAUCCCACCAGGACGUGGCCUGCAGGAGGAAGGGCAGAAGGAGGGUCUGCCGAGGACAAGUGAUCAUGUGCUGCGAGUGGCUGAGAUGCUGUGGUGGAGGCGAGCCCAGGCCGCGCACUGUCUGGCUGGGACACCCCGAGAAGAGGGACCAAAGAUAUCCUCGGAAUGUUAUCAACAAUCAGAAGUACAAUUUCUUCACCUUUCUUCCUGGGGUGCUGUUCAACCAGUUCAAGUACUUCUUCAACCUCUACUUCUUACUUCUCGCCUGCUCCCAGUUUGUUCCUGAAAUGAGGCUUGGCGCUCUGUAUACCUACUGGGUCCCCCUGGGCUUCGUGCUGGCUGUCACUGUCAUCCGAGAGGCGGUGGAGGAGAUCCGAUGCUAUGUGCGCGACAAGGAGGUCAACUCCCAGGUCUACAGCCGGCUCACGGCAAGAGGGACAAUGAAGGUGAAGAGUUCCAGCAUCCAAGUGGGAGAUCUCAUCAUCGUUGAAAAGAACCAGCGGGUCCCUGCUGACAUGAUCUUCCUGAGGACAUCAGAAAAAAAUGGGUCUUGCUUCUUGCGGACGGAUCAGCUGGAUGGGGAGACGGACUGGAAGCUGCGACUGCCUGUGGCCUGCACACAGAGGCUCCCCACGGCCGCCGACCUUCUCCAGAUUCGAUCCUACGUGUAUGCAGAAGAGCCAAGCAUCGAUAUUCACAACUUCGCGGGGACUUUUACCAGAGAAGACAGUGACCCGUCCAUCAGCGAGAGCUUGAGCAUCGAGAACACGCUGUGGGCUGGCACGGUCGUGGCCUCAGGUACGGUUGUGGGAGUCGUCCUCUACACCGGCAGAGAGCUCCGCAGCGUCAUGAACACCUCGAACCCGCGCAGUAAGAUCGGCCUGUUUGACCUGGAGGUGAACUGCCUCACCAAGAUCCUCUUUGGCGCCUUGGUGGUGGUCUCAAUGGUCAUGGUGGCCCUGCAGCACUUUGCUGGCCGCUGGUACCUGCAGAUCAUCCGCUUCCUCCUCCUGUUUUCCAACAUCAUUCCCAUCAGUUUGCGUGUGAACCUGGACAUGGGCAAGAUCGUGUACAGCUGGGUGAUUCGCCGGGAUUCCAAAAUCCCUGGGACGGUGGUGCGCUCCAGCACGAUCCCCGAGCAGCUGGGCAGGAUCUCCUACCUGCUCACAGACAAGACAGGAACUCUUACCCAGAAUGAGAUGGUUUUCAAGCGCCUUCACCUGGGAACGGUGGCCUAUGGCCUGGACUCCAUGGAUGAAGUGCAAAGCCACAUAUUUAGUAUUUACACCCAGCAGUCUCAGGAGCCGCCAGCUCAGAAGGGUCCCACUGUCACCACCAAGGUCCGGCGGACCAUGAGCAGCCGCGUGCACGAGGCCGUGAAGGCCAUCGCCCUCUGCCACAACGUGACGCCCGUGUACGAGUCCAACGGUGUGACCGACCAGGCGGAGGCCGAGAAGCAGUAUGAGGACUCCUGCCGCGUGUACCAGGCGUCCAGCCCCGACGAGGUGGCCCUGGUCCAGUGGACGGAGAGCGUGGGCUUGACCCUGGUGGGCCGAGACCAGUCUUCCAUGCAGCUGAGGACCCCUGGCGACCAGAUCCUGAACUUCACCAUCCUGCAGAUCUUCCCCUUCACCUACGAGAGCAAGCGCAUGGGCAUCAUCGUCAGGGAUGAAUCGACGGGAGAAAUCACCUUCUACAUGAAGGGGGCGGACGUCGUCAUGGCUGGCAUCGUCCAGUACAAUGACUGGCUGGAGGAAGAGUGCGGCAACAUGGCCCGGGAGGGGCUGCGGGUGCUGGUGGUGGCCAAGAAGUCGCUAGCAGAGGAGCAGUAUCAGGACUUUGAGGCCCGCUACGUCCAGGCCAAGCUGAGCGUGCAUGACCGCUCCCUCAAAGUGGCCACCGUGAUCGAGAGCCUGGAGAUGGAGAUGGAGCUGCUGUGCCUGACCGGCGUGGAGGACCAGCUGCAGGCCGAUGUGCGGCCCACCCUGGAGACGCUGAGGAACGCGGGCAUCAAGGUGUGGAUGCUGACGGGGGACAAGCUGGAGACCGCCACCUGCACAGCCAAGAACGCACAUCUGGUGACCAGGAACCAGGACAUCCACGUCUUCCGGCUGGUGACUAACCGCGGAGAGGCCCAUCUUGAGCUGAACGCUUUCCGCAGGAAGCACGACUGUGCCCUGGUCAUCUCUGGAGACUCCCUAGAGGUUUGUCUCAAGUAUUAUGAGUACGAGUUCAUGGAGCUGGCCUGCCAGUGCCCAGCGGUCGUCUGCUGCCGCUGCGCCCCCACCCAGAAGGCCCAGAUCGUGCGCCUGCUGCAGGAACGCACUGGGAAGCUCACCUGUGCAGUAGGGGACGGUGGCAAUGACGUCAGCAUGAUUCAGGAGUCCGACUGCGGCGUGGGGGUGGAGGGGAAGGAAGGAAAACAGGCUUCGCUGGCGGCCGACUUCUCCAUCACGCAGUUCAAGCACCUGGGCCGACUGCUCAUGGUGCACGGCCGCAACAGCUACAAACGGUCGGCCGCCCUCAGCCAGUUCGUCAUCCACAGGAGCCUCUGCAUCAGUACCAUGCAGGCGGUCUUCUCCUCUGUGUUCUACUUUGCCUCCGUCCCCCUCUAUCAAGGAUUCCUCAUCAUCGGGUACUCCACGAUUUACACCAUGUUCCCCGUCUUUUCUCUGGUCCUGGACAAGGACGUCAAGUCAGAGGUGGCCAUGCUCUACCCCGAGCUCUACAAGGACCUCCUCAAGGGGCGACCGCUGUCCUACAAGACCUUCUUAAUAUGGGUCCUGAUUAGCAUCUAUCAAGGGAGCACCAUCAUGUACGGGGCGCUGCUGCUGUUCGAGUCGGAGUUCGUGCACAUCGUGGCCAUUUCCUUCACGUCGCUGAUCCUCACCGAGCUUCUCAUGGUGGCGCUCACCAUCCAGACCUGGCACUGGCUCAUGACCGUGGCGGAGUUGCUCAGCCUGGCCUGCUACAUCGCCUCCCUGGUGUUCUUACACGAAUUCAUCGAUGUGUACUUCAUCGCCACCUUGUCCUUCCUCUGGAAGGUGUCUGUCAUCACCCUGGUCAGCUGUCUCCCCCUCUAUGUCCUCAAGUACCUGCGAAGACGGUUCUCUCCUCCCAGCUACUCGAAGCUCACGUCGUAGGCUCGGCACUCGGUGGAGGGGACCUGGCCUCUGGGCUUUCCUGGUGGACAGAGUUCAAGUUCCAUUUGUGUCACCGCCACCUGUGGAUUUUGCAGUCAUCGCUAACAUGUGCAGUUUCAGUGUGGCCAGGCUCUGUGCUGUGUGUCGGGACCCAGUCCCAACGCUGAAGAAUCAGGAGGGAGGGUCCUGAGGUCCCCAGUGUGCCUGUGGGAGCCCUGUGGCCCUGUAGCCCUGUGGGAGUGAGCGUGAACACAUAGCAGCCGGGUGGCUCCGCAGAGAGGCUUCUGCAGGCCCCGGGCAAGCUCCUUAUGACUUGAAUUUUGUUGUCAUGUGAUAAAGCUUCUGUCUAGUUGAAGGUGGUAGAAGGCUUUUUUUUUUUUUUUUUUUAAAACAGUCCUAUCAUGUGCACUCUUAAGUCUUUCUCAUCUUACAAAGCAGUUUCAGGAAAACAUGAAGCUCUUAGUGAGAGUCUGGAAGAAAAAGACAGUGAUGUUUGGUGAAAGUUAUCCGAACCCGGAUUGCAUUUGGAAAUCCUCCCCAUCCUAAGGCGGCCCCGCCUCAGAGCAUCAGGAAAGGUACCCGAGAGGAGGGGAGGGGGCCCUAAAUCCAGCCAUCACCCUGGAUCCAACUCAGCGGUCCCGGCCUCCAGUUAACUUCACCUGCCACCUCGUAAAAGAAUCCCAGAGGUGUGAUCCUGCUUUGUUAGGAGCUGGUGACAGUUACCAAGCCAGUGGCCAUCUGAGGACACCCCCUGACGUUUUCAGCAGAGUUGUUUUAGCAGGAAACGUGCCACUGAACAGCCCCUAAAUGUGUCGACAGUGUGAUAAGACUCGGCUAAUUCUUCAGACAGCGUGGCAGAUGUGACUCAGACCCUCUGGGCCCUGAGCGGAAAGGUCAGGGCCCGGGGCUCUUUGCAGCAACCUGUUUCCUGUUAGGAGGAAUUAUUGUGGGCGGACUGAGCAAGCGAGGCAUCUUGCCGUGUCGCCAUUCCCGGUGGCAGCCUUCAAAGCCAGGAGCCCCGUGGGAGGAGGCCGGGGCUUGGGAUCUGGAAUCAGUUCCCCUGCCUGCAGAUUUCCAAGGGAACUCGCUGAAAGGCCACCGGUAGGCAAGACUUCCCCCACCUGGCUGGCCGCAUGCCGUGUGUUUCUUAUAAAGCAGCGGCUGCUGCCUGUGAGGAGCUGUAGUUGGCAAGUGUCCCACGUGGCGGGGAGAGCAAGGCCUUGGGCUCUCGAGUCUCUGACUACAGGACGGUUAAGUCAGUGGGUCAGCAAGAGCUGAGUGUGGUUGUCGUCUCGGAUUUGUGACAAAUUCUCUAUGUGUACAAACCCUGCAGAGCUUCAGUGCGACACUAAACUGUGUGUGCUUCGGGGAUGGAAGUCACAGCCUGCUUGCUGACGCCUGCCACCUACCUGAGGGAACCUGCCUCCGAGAGUUGGGGACACGAGGAUCUGAGCUUUGGAGUGCUCUUGACAAGCCCUUGUAUUUUGUGAUGCCCCUUUAAAACUUCCUAGGGUGGCAGUGAGUUGCAGAUUAUUGAUGUCAUUUCUGUUUGUUUUUGAGAUUCUGUAAUUUUGCAAUAUUUCCCCUCUUCGCCGGCCAUUUCUGCCAGGGAAAGUCCUUCAGAAAAGAUGUCUCGCCUUGCACGAGUGGUUGCUUAGGGAAGGGGUCUUUGUCCAGAAGCCCCAGCAAGCUUGAGCAGGUCCAGCGUGUUCACUGAGUGAUUUUGUGUGGUGUCAAAGGUGGAGGAGGAGCGGGGCCCACGUGGGGUCAUGCACCUGUAAUCCCAGUGACUCUGGAGGCUGAGGCAGAAAGAUCGAAAGUUUGAGGUCAGCCUUAGACCCUGUCUCAAAAAAGUAAAUAGGGCUGGGGGUGUCGCUCCCUGGUGGAGUGCUUGCCUAGCGGGUGCAAGGCCCUGGUUCCAUCUGUGGAGGAGGAGGAAGUGUCGUUCAGUGUUUUUGAUCCUAUGAACCCGGAAUCUUAACUCCAUGGCAGGUUUGAGGCCUGAACCAGCGUAACUCCCAGAGGCAGGCGACGGCUCCUGCAGGUAGCUCAUCGGCACCCCGCUGGAGAACUAGGUGUUUCCAGCACACAGGGAAUAAAGCUGGUCCCUCUGAUUUUUUUUUUUCUUAAUUCCCAAUUUCUAAUGAGCGAACAUCUGACCCCCGGGAGGAAGGGGGCUCCCGGGAGGCCAGAGGCCACGCCUGGAAGCUGAAGAUGCUGGGCGGCUCCUCCGCGAGCCCCUUGUUCUGCUGUCUCUCCGUGCACUUGGAUGUGGGCAGCUGUGGGCAAGAAGGACUCAACCCCCCAGGGAAGCUGCCAUGCUAUGGGACCAUCCCUCAAGAAGGCAGCCUGCUGGUGUCACCCACCAGGGGUCCCUGAGCACCUAAGGAUGUGCACCGCUGGCAGCCCAGGAGACCCAAGGGCAGGCAUGGCACAGCCGUGACCCCAGGAAUCACACAGAACCCCAGCAGAGCCCGGGUUCUCAGCGGUGGAGGAAGCGAAGGAAACCAGAAGCCAGGAACUUAACUGUUUUGUUAGUGUCUCCCAAGUUUGUCAGCCUUGAACACAGGAUGCCGUUGGCCUUUCUCUUGGUUCAUUGGCCUGGAAGGAAUUUCUGUAGAGCACCAUUGAACCUUUAUCGGACACUUGAGGUCUGAAGGCCUUAGGGCACAGUCUCCACCCCUUGAACACCUCCUUAAAGUAGAAGUCACAGCUCCCUGUGCCCACGGACAGCACUAGCAGGUUCUGCCCCUGUGAGAGCUUCUACUGUGAUUUUGUUAUGAGCGUAUCUCCUGAUGAGGGUGGAGGGUAGAGUGAGCAGGAUGGUUUGGUUCCUCUGCAUCUGACAGUUUUUUUUUUUUUGGGGGGGGGGCAGUACUAGAGAUUGAACUCAGGGGCACUCGGCUGCUGAGCCACCUCCCCAGCCCUAUUUUAUAUUUUAUUUAGAGACAGGGUCUCACUGAGUUGCUUAGCGCCUCCCUUUGCUGAGGCUGGCUUUGAACUCAUGAUCCUCCUGUCUCGGCCUCCCCAGCUGCUGGGAUUACAGGCAGGCGCCACCACACCCAGUCUGACAGUUUUGAUCCUGAUUUGGUCAUUAAUUCUGCACGUGUGUGGCUAAGGUGCUAGGAGAGUCGGGGAUGCUAACUUGAGCUGCUUGGAGAAAGUCCCAGGGAGCAUCUUGAAAUUGAGACCAAUGCCUGCCUCCAGCCUCCCGAGCUGGUUGCUCCCACCCCUGGCAGGAUGCUACCCAGCCCCAGGCGAGCUCCCCAUUGAGUGAAAUCUGUGUGGCACGCAUCUUAAAUACCAUCGUAUUUAAUCUACCAAAUCUACCAAGAUUUCCUCAGUUUAUUCUCUGAUGAAAUUAUAGGUCGUACUGACAGUACUUUCUGAUGUAAUUUGAAUUUUGUGCUCACUGGAAAUUGACGUGUUAAUGCCUUUUCCCCUCCAGACUUUUGUUUUUCUACUUGGUCUUAUUUUUGCCUGGGGGAGGGGCAUGCCCACAUGCCUUCAGGGCAGCAUUUUAAACUUUUGCACAUUCUCCUGCUCCCUUCUGUUGAAAGCAAACACCCGUCGGCCGUUAUUAUCUUUAAUCUUGUGUGUGUUUGCGAUUGUGUGUGUGUCUGUGGUGUCAUCUCAAGCUUUUUGAAGACUGUAUGGUUUUUAUGGCGUUAAAACUCCAUCGCUCCCAGCUCUGUUCCUGUUUUUAAAAUAGACCGGGAGCUUUGUAAAUACAACUCGUUUUAUUUCUCCUUCCUUUUAAUGUAAAGCUUUUUGUUGUUUAUGUGUACCUGAAAAUAUCUUCAUUAAUUCUGUUCAUUUCCCCUGGGGAAACAAUGGACUGUGUAUUGGAAUGGACCCGAGGUCGCUCCUCAACAUGGAGCCCAGAGCCUCUCGACUACAGCAGCUCCUCCCGCGGGGUCGGAGCGCCGCGGUAGACAGAGCUGGCCUGGGUGGGGAAGGUGGUGUUUGUGGUUAAGGUGGGGUGGGGGGUGUUCGCAAAUGAAAUCAUGGCCAAUGGAUCCCUUUGUUAUCCCGGGUGAACACAGCCGUGUCCGGGUCACGGGUCCCUCCCUAGAUCUCUCUGUGUCACCCUCGUUGCCGUGCUCACCAGGACAGGACAGCGUCAUGAUGGAGGACCAGCCCUGCGCAGAUGCUUUAAUUGAGCCGGAGGGUCCAUCCAGUUGAUUCGGAUUCUCGGCUCGGUGAGGACACAUGUGUUUCCAAGCGGAUCCACUCAUUGAGUGCCAGCGUGGCCUGUUGCUGUUGCCCAAUAAAGCUUGUGUACUUCCUGCC